GGUUUCAACGAACUUCGAGAUCUUGCACUCUUUGUGCUUGGUGCUUCCAACGAAAGCGUGGAUUUUGUCUCCAUAAAACAGAAAUCAAAUGUUGAGUGUGUGGUUAUUGUGCUGGUGCCUGGGAUUGGAGCAAGCGAAUUCGUAGCUCCUUCAGGAACUUUGCCUUGUUCUCGUGAUGGUAUACCUCGUGAAUUGCCAUUCUUAAAGGAAGCUUUUGAUCAGAUGGUGCCGAUGAAAGCGCCUGGAGAUCGUGAAUCUAUCUUCCCGUUGAUGCAGGCAUUCACCAAGAGACGGUAUACAAAGAAGCAAAAGGAAAACGUCAUAAGGGAGCUGAGCGUAAAGAAACUUGUACUACCAGACCUAGCUGCUUCCUAUGAGGAGAUGCUUGCGAAUAACUACCCUAUACAUAAUGAUCUCAGAGAUGAGGGAGCAACCAUCCCCGAAGGAUGGGCUGAAACGUUUGAAUUUGAACAUGAUGGGUCUCAUACCUUUGCAAUGGAUUGCGAGAUGUGUGAGAGCAAGACAGGUAAAGUUCUCACACGGAUUUCGUUAAUCGACUUCACCGAAACGGUCUUAAUUGACGAGUAUGUGAAGCCGGAGGAAGAGAUUACAGAUUAUCUCACAAAGUAUAGCGGUAUCACAGAAGAGCUGCUAAAAGACGUUACAACCACUUUGAAAGACAUACAGAAGAAGAUUCAAAGCAUUGUAAGCUCAAAAGAUUAUCUCAUCGGGCAUUCCUUGGAGAACGAUUUAAACGUUAUGAAGAUUAUGCAUCCCAAUAUCGUUGAUACUUCGUUGAUAUUCGAGCAUCCAAGAGGCCCACCAUUUAAAUCCUCGUUGAAGUAUCUGACAAAGCAAUACUUGAAAAGAGUUAUACAAGAAGGUGAACAUGACUCCGUAGAAGAUUCGAAAGCGUGCCUUGAACUGGUGAAAUUGAAACUGUCAGAAGGUGGACUGUUGGGGAAAGUCAUUGAUGGAGAAUUGAUCUUCAACGACCUCAUGAAGAUAGAUAAGAAAGCGUUAAUAUUGGAU